AUGGCUGAAGAAAGAGUUAUGUAUGAGGAGGAAGAUAGAAUUUCCAAACUACCUGAUUCACUCAUCCUACAUAUUCUGUCCUUUGUUUCAACUGAGGAUGCCGUUUCGACUUGCCUAAUUUCAAAAAGUUGGAGGCUCAUGUGGUAUUGUGUCCCCAAACUCUCUUUUUCCGAUUCUAAUUUGGCAAAUGACCCAAUAAAGUUUUACAAUUAUGUCGAUAACUAUUUGGAACACCGCAAGAAAGGCAUGAAUUUUAUCGGCGAUUCAGCCAUAACUAGUUUUAAGCUUCACAUGGAUUAUUCUUAUGAAAGAAGCAAGGUCUCUCACCUGGAUAGAUGGUUAGCUUUCAUAGCUGAGAAGAAAGUCAAGGAAAUAGAUCUUCACGUGAACAAGACAAAGAUUAACUACUAUUCCUUGCCUAAAACACUAGCAGUCAACUCAAGUUAUUUGACUAUAUUGAAGUUGACUUCGGUUGAGUUGGAUUCUAGUUACUCGUUUAGCUUUCCAUCUUUGAAAACAUUGUCAUUGGCUUUUGUUAGGCUUGGAGAUAAUGUAGUAGAGAAGAUAUUAAUGGGUUCCUCUUCCCUUGAGAGGUUGCAGUUGCAUUUUUGUUAUUUGUCUAGUGAUCCUCAGCUCCGCAUCAACAUACAACAUAGUUUAAGCCUCAAGUUUUUGGAUAUUAUACUCCAUAAGGAUUUGGUGGAGCAAAUUGAACUCAUAAAUCUUGAAUCUUUGUUCCUAACAGGUGUUUCCUUUGAAAAGAUAAAAGUCUCUGCAUGCAAGGCAAUUAGAAUUCUGGAAUUAACUUCUUUUUCGGGUAUGGUAGAGUUGUCACCAUUAGAACAUCUCAUUUCUAAUCUUCCUCUUCUUGAAGAAUUCACUUUUACCAAGAGGCAUAAAUGUAAGUUAAAGCACAUUAAAAUCUCGAAUCAACACUUGGAAAAGCUCUUUGUACAUAACGCUUUUGAUGAAGAAUUGAAUGUUACACUUAAAUCAACUCUGAAAUUAACGACAGUUGUUUAUUUGUCUAUUAAUGUAUAUAUGACACUAAUACAUUACAUUCCUUUAAUUCUAUAUAUGAAGGCUCUUCUCUUUCCAGAAAAAUUGAAGAGGGUAUGUCGUUCACCUUUGGUUGACUGGAAAAAUCUUACAUUUUUUACUAAAUGUGAACCGGAGACGGAAUCAAACUUGAAAGAUGCUCUGCAAUGGAUUUCUCCUACUUUUGAUUCUUUUGAAAACUUGAAAGAUGUGUAA